AUGGUCAUGGAUAUGGCUGCCGCCGGGAAUGAUCUGGAGGUCAUCGAUAAAGAUGGUGAUCUGAUUUUGGAAGUCGGGGUGGAGCACAAUGCCUCAAUAAAGAUGUCAGAUUGUGAGGAAUACGACCCGGAAGGAGUAGGAACCGAAGAGAAUGUCGGCAGAGAGGAUACACCAAGCGAUCGAACUUAUGUUCGGCUCCUGGUAUCGUCGACCUUUGUCACACAUGCUUCUCCAGUGUUCAAAGCCAUGUUGGACGGACGUUUUGCCGAAGGACAGCUCCCACCUUCGAAACAAAAUCCUCCGAGCAUCACGCUGCCAGAAGACGACCCCGAUGCCACUGCUUUGUUCUGCAGAAUCCUGCACUUCGGGGAUAAUGACAGCGACAAGUCGAAUUCUGCGGACCAACUCAUGAACCUUGCCACCUUCAGUGAUAAGUAUGACUGCGGACGCUGCCUCCACCCAUGGUUUCAAGCACUUUUGUAUCGUUCUACCUUUCCAGAUACUGGCCUUUUCGAUCAAGAUGCCCUGGGCCCACUCGGUAUCAACCUGGCGCACGUCAUCGUGAUCUCGUAUCUUCUCGAAGACAAUGACCUCUUCUCACACGCGACCGAAACAUAUUGUCGUGAGACACCACCUUCUAAGACUCGUGGGUACCUUGUAGAAGCUAUGGACGACUUGGUGCCGGAACACAUUGCAGAUACUGUUCAGAGUUGGCAGAAGGUUUUCAUCGACCGAGCUUCCCGGCUGGGACUGGACGUCCUUCAAUACAUUGUCGAAUGCGUACAUUGCCGGCGUGAGCCAAGGGACCCGAUCAGGUUCGGUAGUGUAGAUGGCAAUGGCAAGGCCAUCGGCAUCGCCGUAUGUUCCCGCCUAGCCCAAAUAAUGGGGGGUCUGAGUGGUGUUUUGAUCUCAUCGCACAUGUUUCCAGGCUGUGACAAUCAGAAACACGGCAAAGAAGACACCUUCGAUGAUAUGAUGACACAGUGGCGAAACGUUGCUGACAUCGAUUUUGAUCAGGAGGCGAUCAGCACUUCUUGUCCGCCUGAUAAUUUGUGCGAUUUGUGCGGUUUUGUACCCCACAUCAGUACUGAACUGGAAGACCGAAUCCAGGAGCUGGAGUUUUGCUUGAAAGGAGGUAUCUGUUUGCCUUGUUGCAAGCAGAAGGGCAAAUUCGAAAAAUAUGUUGACCUCCUGAAGAGCGGCAUUGGGAACGAGAUCUGUUGGGGUUGUCUCAAGCGGAAGGGUAAAGUCGCGACAAUCCGCAAGUGUUACGACUUUGUCUCUCACGCGAAGUGGCGCCACUGUGUCUUGAACGCCGGGAAAGAAGAAAAUUGA